AUGAAGUACUCGCAAAUCAUCUCGGGCGCGGCCACGUUCGCUCUGGCCAAUGCCCAUGCCACUAUCCACAGCAUAUCUGUGGACGGGGUGGACCAAGGUCCUGGGAACGUAGCGGGCGGAUACAUUCGUUACCCACCAAACAACAGUCCCGUCAAGGAAGUCGAUUCCCCUGACAUGACCUGCAACGUCAACAAUGUUCCCGCGGAGAAGACAGUUGAAGUCCCCGCCGGUUCCGCCGUCACCCUCCAGUGGUUCCACGAGGGCAACACCCCGGGUGACGACAUCAUCGCUGAGUCCCACAAGGGACCCGUGAUUUCUUAUAUCGCCCCAAUGGAUUCCAAUGGAGCUGGAGACGUGUGGGUCAAGCUGUCCGAAGUUGGCUACGACGGGACCACAUGGGGCGUCGACAAGUUGAGGGCAGACAGGGGAAAGCAGGAACUCACCAUCCCCGCUUCCCUCGCCCCGGGCGAGUACCUCCUCCGUGGCGAGAUCAUUGCUCUACACGAGGGUGAUGUCUCCUACUCCGCGAAUCAGGCUCGGGGUGCCCAGUUCUACAUGGAGUGUGUCCAGAUCUCGGUGACCGGUUCCGGAACCACCGAACUCCCAGCAGGUGUCGCCAUCCCAGGCGCGUACACUGAGGCCGACCCAGGAGUCACGUUCAACAUCUACGGCAACGCUGUCGGCGAGUACACCAUUCCAGGCCCACCGGUCUGGGACGGAGCGACCGGUGGAACGCCAGGCGGUAACAAUACUACACCGCCUGUAUACGACGAGACACCCCCCGAUGGAGAGGACAAGACUCCCCCCACCACUCCCCCCACUGGAGAGGACAAGACUCCACCCACCACUCCCCCUACUGGAGAGGACAAGACUCCCCCCACCACUCCCCCCACUGGAGAGGAUAAGGGGACGCCUGUUUACGAGCCCAACCCAGAAAUCACUCCCGGCCCCACCACGCCCAAGCCCAAGAAGAAUUCUUGCAAGGCCAAAACCACCAUGGUCACCAAAACUAGACCUUCCCCCACCAAAACCCCCGGCGGAAAUGGCGGAACUGGUGGAAAUGGCGGAACUGGUGGAAAUGGCGGAACUGGUGGAAAUGGUGGAAAUGGUGGAAAUGGUGGAUAUCCCACUGGUGAGAAGCCCGGAUCUGGUGGUGGAAAUGGCGGAACUGGCGGCGCUGGCGGUUCUGGCGUGGCCAUUUACGGCCAAUGCGGAGGCCUAGAAUACUCCGGUCCCACGAGCUGCUCUUCCGGUAGCUGCACCAAGCUCAACGACUACUACCACCAAUGCUUGUAA